CCCAAAAGAUUUCCCCUCUGCAGCCCAAGAUUUCAUCUCGUUUUCAUGCAAGAGCUUUCCCAUUCCCCACCUUGAUACCCCACUCUCUAUAAAUAUGCACGUCUCUCCUUCCUUUCAUUUCCAGUCAUCUCCACCACCAUUAGAAAAUACCCCUCCUCACUUCGGCCUCCUUUGCUCUUCUUUCUUUCACUUUCAAGAAAGCUAGACGAGUAAAACCUUCCUUUCUUUCUUUUGCUAGCUAUCCAGAAAGCCAGACGAGAAAGCACAAAGAAAAAUGGCUGUGAAUUACGCAGUUCCAGCUCAUUCCAUAGUCAUAUUAUUAUUUGUAACUCGUUUAGUGUCCGCAAUAGGAAAAUCCAAGCCCUGGACAGAUUUCCUGCCACCUAAUCUCCUAAGCCUUGAUUUCUCCGAGAGAAUUCGCACAGACUCUUUAGCCAUUGAAUCAGCCUCUAGCGAUUAUGGUAACAUUGUCCACGAAAACCCAGCCGCAGUUCUUUAUCCAUCAUCCACACAAGACAUCGUGAGUCUAAUAAAAUUCGCCUACAAUAAUUCUGCUCCUUUUACUGUAUCUGCUAGAGGCCGCAGUCAUUCUGUAUUUGGACAAGCUAUGGCUCCUAAUGGAGUAGUAGUAGACAUGAUGCAUCUAAGGAGUCAUAGAGAGCAGAAUGGAGUUAUAGUCUCAAAGAACCCUUCACUGGGGUUUUAUGCAGAUGUUGGAGGCGAACAGCUAUGGAUUGAUGUGUUAAAAGCCACAUUGGAGCAUGGACUUGCACCGGUGUCAUGGACCGAUUACUUGUAUCUCACCGUUGGAGGGACGCUCUCUAAUGCUGGAAUAAGUGGACAAAGUUUUCGAUAUGGUCCUCAGAUCAGCAACGUCUACGAAAUGGAUGUUGUAACUGGAAAAGGCGAGCUUGUCACUUGCUCUGCGCACAAGAAUUCUGAGCUAUUUUAUGCUGUUCUGGGCGGCCUAGGCCAAUUUGGAAUCAUAACCAGGGCUAGAAUAGGUAUAGAGCCAGCACCAAAGAGGGUUAAGUGGGUACGGGUGCUUUACAGCGAUUUCUCAGCCUUCACAAAAGACCAAGAACGUUUAAUCUCAAUCAAUGGAAGAAAACAAAGCAAUGCACUUGAUUACGUGGAAGGUUCACUUCUUAUGAACCAGGGUCCUCCAAAUAAUUGGAGAUCUUCCUUUUUCCCUUCGUCUGAUAUCCCCAGAAUAAUGUCAAUAGUAACCCAACACGGCAUCAUCUACUGUCUUGAAGUGGCCAAGUAUUAUGAUGAUACAACCCAACAUUCUGUGGCCAAGGAACUUCAGCAAAUGUACAAAGGGUUAAGCUUCAUUCCUGGAUUUAAGUUGGAGAAAGAUGUGUCGUAUGUGGAGUUUUUAGAUAGAGUAAGAAAUGGAGAGCUAAAGCUUCAGUCACAAGGACUCUGGGAUGUUCCUCAUCCAUGGCUUAAUCUUUUUCUGCCAAAAUCUCGUAUUUCUGACUUCAAUUCAGGUGUUUUCCGAGACAUUGUUCUUAAACGAAACAUUACCACAGGACCUGUCCUUAUUUACCCAAUGAACCGAAACAAAUGGGAUGAUCGAACUUCUGCAGUCAUACCAGAUGAGGAAGUAUUUUACACAGUGGGAUUUCUGCAUUCAAGUGGGUUUGAUGACUGGCAGAAGUAUGAUGAUCAGAACAAAGAACUGUUAAAGUUCUGUGAAAAAGCGGGCAUCAAGGUUAAGCAGUAUUUUCCCCAUGACAAAAGUAAAGAGGAAUGGAUCAACCAUUUUGGAUCCAAAUGGAGAACUUUUCGAGAGAGGAAAGCUCUGUUUGAUCCAAAAAUGAUGCUAUCGCCAGGCCAGAGAAUUUUCAACUGACCCUCUUAAGUCUUAGCUUUGUAGUACAAGAAUUCCAGGCGUAUCACAUGAUUGAAGUUAGAGAUAAAUAGAACCUCCAGAUAUUUCAGUUAAUGCUACAGUUAGGCAAGAAAAUAGAAAAAAUGGGCAGCACGACGACAAGACGUUUACUGUUGGUAGAAGUUGACAGGUCGUAGUAGAUAGUAAUAUAGGAAGAAGGAUCCAAAUCAUGAGGAAGUUCUUUGGGACAAUAUUUUUCUUGAGGAUGUCUUUGUCUUCACUGAUUUUGUGCCUGUAAAUAUUUUUAUAUGUAUAAUGCGAGAGCUUUAUAUGUAAAAAAGGAUUGUUGCACUGUUUUAAAAUUCUUUUUACCUUAAUAUAUAAAGAGAAAUUAAGGAA